AUGGCGUCGAGGGUUGUAUGGAUCAAGAAGAACCAGCAGCGGUCCAGCCAGCCAACCAGCAAGCAGCGGUCCAGCCAGCCAGCAGCGGCAGCAGCAAAGGCAGUGUCAGUCCAGCCUGCAGCAGCAUCAGCAGCUGCAGCGCUCCUGCCAGCGUUCCUGCCAGCCAGCAGGCUAGCCAGCCAACAGCAGCAGCGGCAGUGUCGGUCCAGCCCGCAGCAGCACCAGCAGCUGCAGGGUUCCUGCCAGCGUUCCUGCCAGCCAGCCAGCCAGACAGCCAGCAGCAGCAACAGAGGCAGUGUCGGUCCAGCCUGCAGCAGCAGCAGCAGCAGCACUCCUGCCAGCGAUCCUGUCGCCAGGCAGCCAGCCAGCAGCAGCAGCAGCGGCAGUGUUGGUCCAGCCCGCGGCAGCAGCAGCAGCAGCAGCGUUCCUGCCAGCGUUCCUGCCAGCCAGCCAGCCAGCCAGCCACCAGCAGCAUCAGCGGCAUAUAGGUCCAGCCCACAGCAGCAGCAGCAGCAGAUGCAGCGUUCCUGCCAGCCAGCCAGCCACCAGCAGCAUCAGCGGCAGUAUAGGUCCAGCCCACAGCAGCAGCAGCUGAUGCAGCGUUCCUGCCAGCCAGCCAGCCAGCCAGCCAGCCAGCCAGGCAGCCAGCAGCAGCGGCAGCGGCAGUGUCGGUCCAGUCCGCAGCAGCAGCAGCAGUGCUCCUGGCAGCGUUCCUGUCGCCAGCCAGCCACCAGCAGCAGCAGUGGCAGUGUCGGUCCAGCUUGCGGCAGCAGCAGCAGCUGCAGCAUUCCUGCCAGCCAGCCAGGCAGCCAGCAGCAGCAGCAGCAUCAGUGGCGGUCCAGCCCGCAGCAACAGCAGCAGCUGCACCGUUCCUGCCAGCGUGCCUGCCAGCCAGCCAACCAGCCAGCCAUCUAG